UAGUCGACUACACAUACAAGCUGUGAAUAAAUGUGUAACAUUUUAAAAACAUCUGCAAGUUUAUAAUCGUUUCAAUCUCGUGUUUUUCACCGGGUCAAGUGUUCGACGUUUUCGAGAUUUUUUUUUACCGGAGGUGUUUUUCGAGUUCGCGAAAACAUGCUAUUUCGCGGACAGUGAUAAGUGUUUCGCGGUGAUCGGGUUACAACGUACGAAUAGCUUGAUGAUAAGAUUCGGGUUCCGGUGCUAGAAGAACACACGGAAGGAAAUACUUUUUAGAUUGGAAUGGCUAUAAGCUUGUGAACCAUCAAUGUCUUGGCAACCUCCAAAUUAUCCAAAAGGAUGGGGGAAACCGCCUCCUCAUACUCCAUCUCCUAUUCCAUUCCGUCAGAUGUACACACCAUCGCCUCCUCAUAUUACAUCCUCUAAACAUUAUCCUGCUGGCUCACCAUGCAUGUCUCCGACAAGCAGCUCAGCGUCGUCUUCGAGAUUGCCGCCUCCUUAUAUCCCUUGCCCCAAACCCACACGUCCUUUAGCGAUUUCUCCCUUAGCCAUGCCGGUGUAUCUGCCUGAUCAGCAUGGUGGUCCAUCUCAACAUAUUAAUCCUACGCAAAAUUAUUUAUAUCAAGAUAACCACAUGCCAGCCAAUGUUUACUUAGAGCCACUUAGUUCGAUAUUGCACGAAAAUUCAUACAACGACCAAAACGAUGGCAGAUCAACCGCUGAGAUUAUCGCUAAUCAAUCUCAAGAUUACGUUGAUGAAAAAUUGGCAGAGUAUCAAGCGACGAUAUUCCAGUUGCAAGGUACCACCGUUGUGUACAUGUAGUACAUAUAACACGUAAAUAACUAACAUCGUCUCGCUGUUUCUUUCGUUUUAUGUUUUUCGUUUUGCUUAUCAUCGUAACUCAAUAAAUUCUAUUAAUAUUUAUUACGAAGUAAUACAUAUUAUACUAAUAUCAUUCGAUGAAACAAACGUAUUUAUUUACGAUA